CCCUCCGCUCGCCGGGCGGCUCGUCUCAGACAGCCGAGGCUCGGUGGGAGAGCGCCCCUGGGACUUCCCCGCAUGAGGUGGAUCAGCUGUGGGACUUGCAGCUCGGAUUGGUCAGCCUUAAAGAAAUAACGAGGGAAGUACGAGAGAGUGAGGGACUGCUACGGUGCGAACACGUGCCCCCCAUCUUUUUUGCCGCUUGAGCUGAGGACAUUCAGACUCCGCGAUGCCGGUGUUCCACACGAAGACGAUAGAGAGCAUUCUGGAGCCGGUGGCUCAGCAGAUAUCCCACCUGGUCAUCAUGCACGAGGAAGGCGAAGUUGACGGUAAAGCGAUCCCUGACCUGAGCGCCCCCGUGGCUGCCGUGCAAGCUGCCGUCAGCAACCUGGUCCGGGUGGGGAAGGAGACGGUACAGACCACAGAAGACCAGAUUAUGAAGAGAGACAUGCCUCCGGCCUUCAUUAAAGUGGAGAAUGCCUGUGCGAAGCUGGUGGAAGCAGCUCGGAUGCUGAAGACAGACCCGUACUCGGUCCCUGCCCGAGAUUACCUCAUCGAUGGCUCCCGUGGCAUCCUCUCAGGCACAUCAGACCUGCUGCUGACCUUUGAUGAGGCAGAGGUGCGUAAAGUCAUCCGUGUCUGUAAAGGCAUCUUGGAGUACCUGACAGUAGCAGAAGUUGUGGAGACCAUGGAGGACUUAAUCACGUACACUAAAAACCUGGGACCAGGAAUGACAAAGAUGGCCAAGAUGAUUGAUGAGCGGCAGCAGGAGCUGACACACCAGGAGCACCGCCUGAUGCUGAUCAACUCCAUGAACACAGUGAAGGAGCUGCUGCCUGUGCUGAUAUCAGCUAUAAAAAUUUUUGUGACCACCAAGUGUGCCAAGAGCCAAGGUGUGGAGGAGGCUCUGAAGAACAGGAACUACACCUUCGAGAAGAUGAGCGCUGAGAUCAAUGAAAUCAUCCGAGUGCUGCAGCUCACCUCCUGGGAUGAGGAUGCCUGGGCUAACAAAAAGGACACAGAGGCUAUGAAGAGAGCGCUGGCACUGAUUGAGUCAAAGAUGAAUCUGGCUAAAGGCUGGCUCAAAGAUCCUAACGGCCUACCAGGGGCUGCAGGCGAGCAAGCUCUGCGCCAGAUUCUGGAUGAGGCGGGGAAAGUGGGCGAGCUGUGUGCGGGAAAGGAGCGUAGGGAGAUCCUGGGAACGGCCAAGACUUUGGGCCAGAUGACGGAUCAGGUGUCAGACGUGCGUGCCAGAGGUCAGGGACCUACACCCAUGGGCAUGCAGAAGGCCCAGCAGGUGGCUCAGGGGUUGGACAUCCUAGUGGGCAAAGUGGAGAAUGCUGCUCGCAAACUGGAGAUCCUGACCAACGCCAAGCAGGCCAUCGCCAAGAGAAUAGAUGCUGCACAGAGCUGGCUGGCUGAUCCUCAUGGCGGUCCUGAAGGGGAGGAGAACAUCCGAGCUCUGCUGGCUGAGGCCAAGCGCAUUGCUGACCUGUGUGAGGAUCCCAAAGAGAGAGAUGACAUUCUGCGCUCGAUCGCUGAAAUUGCUGGCCUCACCGCAAAGCUUGUCGAACUCCGCAGACAGGGUAAAGGGGAUACUCCUGAAGCCAGGUCGCUGGCCAAACAGAUUGGCACCGCUCUGCAGAACCUGCAAGCGAAGACCAAUCGUGCUGUGGCCAACAUGAGGCCAGCCAAGGCUGCGGUGACCCUGGAGGGAAAGAUGGAGCAGGCCAUGCGCUGGAUAAAUAACCCCAGUGUGGAUGACCAUGGAGUGGGCCAGGCCGCUAUUCGUGGGCUGAUCGCUGAAGGCCGCAGACUGGCUAACUCUCUACCAGGGCCAUACAGGCAGGAGCUGCUGGCUAAGUGUGAGCGUGCGGAGCAGCUGAUGCUGCAGCUGGCUGACCUGGCAGCACGGGGAGAAGGAGAAAGUCCUCAGGCCCGAGCUGUAGCUGCCCAGCUCCUGGAUACCCUCAAAGAUUUGAAGGCAAGGAUGCAGGAGGCAAUGACCCAGGAGGUAUCUGAUGUAUUCAGUGACACUACAACUCCCAUCAAGCUUCUAGCUGUGGCAGCUACAGCUCCACUUGAUGCUCCAAACCGGGUGGAGGUUUUUGAAGAAAGAGCCUCUAAUUUUGAGAACCACGCCAACAGACUGGGGGCUACAGCGGAGAAAGCUGCUGCUGUGGGGACGGCCAACAAGAGCACAGUAGAAGGAAUCCAGGCUGCAGUGAAGUCGUCCAGGGAGCUAACACCUCAGGUCACCUCUGCUGCACGUAUUCUGCUUAAGAACCCUGGCAACCAGGCAGCUUAUGAACAUUUUGAGACCAUGAAAAAUCAGUGGAUUGACAACAUUGAAAAAAUGACUGGUUUGGUAGAUGAGGCGAUUGACACUAAAUCUCUCCUGGAUGCCUCUGAAGAGGCCAUUAAAAAGGAUAUUGAUAAAUGCCGUGUGGCUAUGGCGAACGUCCAGCCUCAGAUGCUUGUUGCUGGGGCCACUAGCAUUGCCAGGCGGGCUAACCGGGUGCUACUGGUGGCCAAAAGGGAGGUGGAGAACUCCGAAGACCCGAAAUUCAGGGAGAUGGUGAAAGCAGCCUCAGAUGAACUGAGCAAAACUAUCUCACCUAUGGUUAUGGAUGCCAAAGCGGUGGCAGGAAACAUCCAGGAUCCAGGUCUUCAGAAGAACUUCUUGGACUCAGGCUACAGGAUCCUGGCUGCUGUGGGGAAAGUGAGAGAAGCCUUUCAACCUCAAGAGCCAGACUUCCCUCCACCUCCUCCAGACCUGGAUCAACUGCAUGUAAAUGAUGAGCAAGCACCUCCUAAACCACCCCUGCCAGAGGGAGAGGUGCCUCCUCCCAGACCCCCUCCUCCUGAGGAGAAGGACGAGGAGUUCCCAGAGCAGAAGGCGGGUGAGAUGGUGAGCGAGCCAAUGAUGGUGGCUGCUAGGCAACUACACGACGAGGCCCGCAAGUGGUCCAGCAAGCCCGAUGUGACAGACGAGGGUUUUGAGACCGCUGAGGCGGAGGUAGAUAUAGACGAUGAGGACGAGUUCACAGACAACGAGGACGAUUACGAGCCAGAGCUGCUCUUAAUGCCCUCCAAUCAGCCUGUUAACCAGCCCAUUCUGGCUGCCGCGCAGUCCUUGCACCAGGAAGCUCGCAAGUGGUCCAGUAAGGGAAAUGACAUUAUUGCAGCAGCUAAGAGAAUGGCCUUGCUGAUGGCAGAGAUGUCCCGUCUGGUGCGUGGAGGAAGCGGCAACAAGCGCGCUCUGAUCCAGUGUGCCAAAGACAUCGCUAAAGCCUCUGAUGAAGUCACACGGCUAGCUAAAGAAGUGGCCAAGCAGUGCACUGACAAACGGAUCCGCACAAACUUACUCCAGGUAUGUGAGCGUAUCCCAACAAUCAGCACUCAGCUUAAGAUCCUGUCCACAGUAAAGGCUACAAUGCUGGGACGCACUAACAUCAGUGAGGAGGAAUCUGAGCAGGCUACUGAGAUGCUGGUCCACAAUGCACAGAAUCUCAUGCAGUCAGUGAAGGAGACAGUGAGAGAAGCAGAGGCAGCCUCUAUCAAGAUCCGCACGGAUGCAGGGUUCACUCUCCGCUGGGUCCGAAAGACACCUUGGUAUCAGUAAAGUGAGGACUAAUUCCUCCUUUGAUGCCUUCUGUCCUGCCUUUUAGAACACUGAAGUCUGGUGGACUAAGGGGAUGACGUAUAGAAUGAAAGGACAAAUUCUGAACCUGACACUCAUGGACGAUGAUGAAAAACAGCUUAUUGUUACUUUAUAUAUAUAUUAUGAGUUCAAGUGUCACUGAUUGCUUUGUCCAGAGCUGUUUUUAUUUUUAUUUUUGCUGUUGUUCUGAAGGUUUUUUUUUCUUGGUCCCUUUAUCUCUCACCACUGUGUUUAAAAAGUAGGAUGACACAGGAUGAAGAUUUUUUGAAUAUAUAUUUUUUGGUAUGUUGGGUUUCCAGAAUGUAUCCAAAUUCCAGGUAUAUAUAUUUUUUGCAUGAAGAGUUUUUUUUUCUAUUUUGUAUUGAAGAACUAUGGCUCGACCUCUUUGAUGCCUCUCUCAAAGAAUCUUAAGAGUUCAUUAAGUUUACUCUUUAGUUUUGAGAGGGAAAUUUUUUCUUAUUGAAAAUGUAUAUAUUUAUAUUUCCUAAUGCUGUCUGCACCUGAUUGUCGUAGUCAGGGUGUUUGGUUGACACAAUUAAACGCGCAACUCGAGAGAAUAUUUUUAGCUUUACUCUUUACUUACAUACUUGAGCUAAUUGUAUUAGGUUAUAUUUCACCUUUUCAUGGAGCUCUUGUUUAGCUUAUAUUUACAGAAGAAGGGUUUCGACUUAUUUUGCUGACUUUUUUUUGUUUGAUGCCUCGCAUAUUGAUGCCAAAGAUUUUGUUAGUUGUCAGUUAUAUAAGCUUAGCAGUGUCUGAUAAAGGUACUAUACAACUUUAAUAUAUUUGGGCUUUACUAAACAUGAAGAGCUCUGAAUUUUAAUUAUUUCUAAAGACUGUAAUCACUCUAAAAACUCAACAAUCAUUAUUAUUUUGUUUGUGUGUGCGUGUAUGUGCUAUGAAAGUGUUUUAUUAUGGGAAGAGUGUUGUGCCAAGUUUCUUAAGCACAAUUCAUGCAACAGUUGAUCUGUUUUCUCUGGCAAUUGGCAGAAAAAAACAUCAAAGCCAGUCUUUUUUGCAGAACUGAAAUCGUCACUAGCUGUACUUUUUCACCUGUGUGGUUUGUUCAUUUUUUUAAACUUAAAAGGUACACUAAGUAAAGUUUUAUGCUAGAAAAUGAAAAAAUAGAUUACUUCAAACAGACAUUUUGCUUCCACAGUUCAUUUAAUAACUGCAUCUUAGCAAAAAUAGUUUUCUCAUUUAAGGGAAAUAUGCCUGUAGUCCUAGGUAAUGGCUAGAUGUGAAGGUACACAGGCAUCUUUGAACUGGGUGAAUCUGUGGCGGUCACUUGGAAAUUAGUUUUACUUUCUUCAGUGUAACAAGCUAUGUGAUGCAACUAAAAUCCAUUAGUGUUACUUAAUGCCCCCUUUAUGAUGCUGUGUAUUGUGUAUUAUGAAAAUAUGGGUAAUUAUUAUACAUGUGGCUUGUUUAUAUUCAAAUUCCAUAGUGAAAAAUUUCUAAAUUCCAACAGGACAUUUCUUGCAGCAGCAGCCAAGUCAUGGUUCAAAAGUAUCAGAUUGGCUGUAUAUGAAAAAAGAGGACUAGCAAAAAUAAUAGCCAGACCAAAGGUCUGCAUUGCUUAUCACCUUAGCCUGUGAUCUUUAACAACUGAGUCAGUCAUUUUGUUUUAAAUGCACACAGCUAAACAUUAACCAGAAGAUGCACUGCCUAGUUAUAAGCCUCAUUUCUACAAUUACUGUAUACAUUUAGAGAAUGAAUAGUCCUUAAAGUAGUGCCUCAUUGUGAGUGUUUACAAGGCUGAAUUUUCUAUGUUUGUAUCAGCAUGUUUCAGGUUCAGAGAUAUACAAUAUAUGAAUGUACAUAUGACACUACUGCUGAUUUGGUUUUAUAGUGUCCCCUAAAGAUCUGCUGUGCCUCAGAUUAAUAAAACUAUUCUUGACUUGAA